GGCGAGUGUGGCAAUGUUUAUCUUUGCAUACUGCUACAUAUGCUAGGCUACUUCAAAAGAAACUGAGUGGCCAGUUUUCAGCGUACACUGCGCAGUGUGCACUAUGCAGUAGACACCAGCUGUCCAUUCCAAACAUAGCCGACGACGACUUCUUGUUGGGUAGUGAAGAGUUAAAAGGUGCUCUGGUGCGUCACGCAGGUGCCUCACGCGUCUUAAAUUUCAAAGACAUUCGAGAAGUUAGCGCACCCUUCACUGUGCGACACAACAUUAGCAAAAAAGAGUAGUUAGGCUUUGUUUACAAGUAUAUGAAAUGUUUAGUAAUAGGGUUGAACACGCAACCUCUAAUCCCCCGGCGCUGAUGAGCGUCGCGCGCGCAUCGACCUCUCCUCCACUCCACAAACCUCUUGAACGGAUCACACGCCCUCCACUUUAGCCGGGGUCCCCACUUACUCGUGCCCUGUUUUACGCACAGGGAAGUAACUGCGUAGGUUUUUGACCCCUGGGACGUUUUCUUCUUCGAAAGGACUUUUUAUCGCGUGGAUAUGUGGUGGAUGCUGUUUCCCAGAUGGAUCUGGUUUUUGUUUGGACAGUUCUGCGUCUUGCGUUUGGACUCGCGCGCCAGAGCGAUGCCAAUGACCCUGUCCAAAGUGGUUUAUUCUCACGCGGGAAUGUGUCCCAACGAGAUGAACCCCAACCUGUGGGUGGAUGCCAUGAGCACCUGCACCCGUGAGUGCGAGUCCGACCAGGACUGUGAGCCAUUCGAAAAAUGCUGUCCAAAUGUUUGCGGACACAAGAGCUGUGUGGCUGCCCGCUACGUGGACAUUAAGGGCAGUAAAGGUCCAGUGGGGAUGCCCAAAGGGGUCACCUGUGACAAAUUCAUGUGUACCCAGCAGGGUUCAGAGUGUGAAAUCUGGGACGGACAGCCGGUGUGCAAGUGCCGGGACCGUUGCGGAAGGGAACCCUAUUUCACAUGCGCCUCGGAUGGCAUGACCUACUACAACAAGUGCUACAUGGAUGCCGAGGCCUGUACCAGGGGCGUCACCCUCACCGAAGUAACCUGCAGGUACCACUUUAGCUUGUCCAACACCAGUCCUCUUCCAGCGGUGACCACCGCUCGGCCCACCACCGCCCAUCUUGAGACCACACCCAUGGACGUUCAACGUCCCAUCAUGGUCAGCAACCCAGCACACCACUUUGUGUUCGUGGGCGAAACAGCCAGCUUCCUCUGUGAGGUCACAGGAAAACCGAAGCCGGCGAUUACAUGGGAAAAGCAGAUCGAAGGUAAAGAGAACACUAUAAUGCAACCCAACCAUGUGCAAGGAAACAUAGUAGUUACUAACAUCGCCCAGUUGGUCAUAUACAACGCCCAGCUCCAGGAUGCCGGCAUCUACACCUGCACUGCCACAAACCAGGGUGGAUCUGUGCAAGCCCAUUUCCCGCUCUCUGUGGUCCCCAGGGAGCAGAGCAAACCGGAGCCGGUCAUGAAUUCCACACGCUUACCUGCCGAGGAGUGUCUAAAAACACCCGAUUUGGGUGACUGUGGAGAGGAGAGCAUUAAGUGGUACUACGAAGCCAAGCGCAACAAUUGCUUUACCUUCACCUACAGCCAGUGCAAUAAAAACCGAAACCAUUUCGAUACCUACGAGUUGUGCAUGCUCUCCUGUGGAGCGGAGCUUGCUGCUCCUUGCUCCCUGCCUAGUGUACAAGGUCCCUGCAAGGCUUACAAACCACGCUGGGCUUACAGCCACGCGCUCAAGAAAUGCCAGUCGUUUGUUUAUGGAGGCUGCGGAGGCAAUGAGAACAAUUUCGAGAGCAAGGAAGCCUGUGAGGAGAUGUGCCCCUUCCCCAAGACUCACAACUGCAAGCCGUGCAAACCCCGGCAGAAGAUGGUCCCGAGCUUCUGCAAGAGCGACUUUGUGGUUUUGGGACGUAUUUCGGAGUUGACCGAGGACCACGACUCCGGCCACGCGCUCAUCACUGUGGAGGAGAUCUUGAAGGACGAGAAGAUGGGGCUACGGUUCUUCGGGCAAGAACCUCUGGAGGUGACGCUGCUCAACAUGGACUGGAACUGUCCCUGUCCGAACAUAACGAGAGCUGAGGGACAGAUGAUCAUCAUGGGGGACGUUCACAACGGCAUGGCCGUGCUGCAGCCCGACAGCUUCGUGGCCACUUCUAGUGUGCGGCGUGUUCGCAAGCUCCGUGAGGUUAUCAACAAAAAGACUUGCGAUGUUUUGAAGGAGUUCAGCAGCACAAAGUACUAGGGCGCUUAUGUUAUCUGAAUCUCUGGACAUCCUAAACUGGGGGCGUCAAAUCCUGCUCCUGAAGGGCCACUUUCCUGCAAAGUUAGCUAGAGUGAAACUCUGCUAAAGGUGGACCUCCAAGAGCAGGAUUGGACCCCCCUGUCCCAAACCAACGUGCCUGCCUCUCACCUGCUUUUCUUCAGGAAGCAGACUCACAAACUUGACUUGUAGAAUCUACAAUCAUAUGUCGUGCUUCCGCCGCAGCAUGGAGCUGCUUAUCCAUGGACAGAUAAAAUAUGUGGAUUACACUGUGUGAAUGACACAUAGACGUACAUAUAUACUAGAUGAUUUCAUGUGAAAGUAUUACCUUAUUUACAUCUACGUGUUGUAGUGUGAGUCCAUUUAUUUUAGUUUGACUAAAAAGCCACAGAUGUUGUAUUAAACCAGACUCUUUCUACCUGUCUCAGAACAAAUGCCUUGCAGGCAGUCGCUGAACUUGAACCUUCAGUGGAAACAGGUGGUUAAACGUUACUAACCUAAAACUUUAUUUAUACUUCAUGAAGAUUUUAUUAAAGCUGAAGUGUGUCAAGUCAAAAUAAGCCUAUAAUAAGGAAUCUUAGCAUGAAGCGGCAGUUCUUGUUUUUAUAUUGAUUCCCUGGAAAAGUGUAAACAGAACUGCACAUUGCUAGUUUGAGCAGCCCGGGCAUAUUAAAGGGAUAGUUCACCCAAAAAUGAAAAUUCUAUCUUUAGGUGCAGACUUUUAAUGAAAUCUAUGAGCUUUCUGACCCUGCAUAGACAGCAACUCAACUAACACGUGACAUCAAUGGUUCAACUGUAAUUUUAUGAAGCUACAACAAUACUUUGUGCACAAAGAAAACAAAAUUAACAACUCUAUUUAACAAUUUCUUCUCUUAUUUUUGUUUUCUUUGCGCACCAAAAGUAUUCUUGUAGCUUCAUAACAUUGGACUACUUUACUGAUGUCCUUACUACGUUUCUGGGUCUUGAAUGUGUCUAUGCAGGGUCAGAAAGCUCUCGGAUUUCAUCAAAAAUACCUUAAUUUGUGUUCAGAAGAUGAACGAAGGUCUUACGGGUUUGGAACGACAUGAGGAUGAGUAAUUAAUGACAGAAUUUUCAUUUUUGGGUGAACUAUCCCUUUAACAUUGGUUUAGCUCUUUGUCCAGCCAAAUUCUAUCAAUUUUGCUAUUUCAUUUGGUGGCGCAGAAAUUACACACUUCACCUUUAAUUAUGAAGCCAUGUCAUUCUUAAGCGUAAAAAAAUGACAUGUUAAAUACUCUUGCACCUUAUUUUAAUUCAGUUUUUUUUGUGCUGUAAUCAUUGUACUUUGUUUCCAUGUAUUUAUGCUUUUACAUUACUACCAUAAAUUGAAACAAAGGUAGUCCUAUGUACGUGCUUUACAAAGUAUGUUACGUGUUUUCUGUCAAACCAUACAAUGGCAAACGUAUAAUGAGAUUAUAACUAUUAUUUUAUGAGCAGUUGAAAAUGUAUUAAAAGUUUAUGGAACUACACCAGAGAGGCGAUUAAAGACUU